UGCCGUGCCAGACUUCGCUGUGUAGAGGAAGUAUUGCUGUAGGUUCAAGAUGAUCCUGCUGCUCGCUCUGCUUUCUGUUCUCUGCGGAGAACCGGGUUUGUGCCUGGAGGAGGAUGGAGGCUUCACGUUUAAUGGAGACAUCCGUCAGUUCGCCGUGACCUCAAACACACUUUACGUCGCCACAAAGGAGAGGCUGUACCAGCUGAGCCACGACCUGAGUCUGAUCAGCAGUCUGACCCAGAGAGGACUCUUAAAGACCGGAAACCAGCAGGAUGAUGUCCAGUUUUACCGGGUUUCUGAGGCAGCUGAGUGGAACGCAACUUUCAGCAUCAACGUGUUGUUGCCUUUCACAAAGAAUGACUCUCUGAUCAGCUGCGGUGUGACUGACGAUGACUGCGGUUACUGCGAGAUUCUGGACCUGAAGAACAUCUCCAACCUUCUGUACAGGGAAGGCAUCCAGGUGGGACCUCUGAAGAACAGCAGCAGGUCUGUCAGCUUUCUGGUGGAUGUGAAGAAGAAAACUCAGACUGACGCUUACAUUCUGACCGCGAUCCAACAAAACAAAGAACAGCCCGAAAACAACAAGUGUGGUAUUAAUCAGCAGACUGUCAGCCUUCAGGAUACAGAUAACAAACAGGGUGCAGGUAUUUUUUCUUUGACUGAUGGAGCUUCAGGCACACCUGGGAUCAAAAGUAACGGUGAUGUGGAGUUUGUUGACGGGUUUCAGAUCAGUUCAACCAUCUAUCUGUUCUCCAACGUGCUCUCAGCUCGAACAAACAGAGUCCGUCUCAUUUGGCUCGAAGGCGAUAAAAGUAAAACUGACACACUCAAGUCUCUGCGGGGCGCGACUCUCAAUGUCUCAAAUGGCAGACUCGUGGCCUCCUCGGUCAUCCCGGGGGAGCAGCCGGUGCUUUGGAGCGGCGUGUUCAGUAUCGAUGGAGGAGACACCGACACCGAGCUGAUGGUGUUUGACAUCAACCCUGAUUACAGCACGAACACCGACAGAGAUCCAGACUUCUACACCUCUGUGCCAUCAGAAGUGACGCCAAAGAUCCUGAAACCGAAGGCAGUGCUCUUCAGGCACAGCUACAUGACCUCUGUGCUGGCAGUGAGGCAGAGAGGCUGGAUGGUUUUCUUCAUUGGGACAGGAGACGGGCAGCUCAUUAAGCUGUCUGUGGACAGGAACUAUCACGCUGGCUGUCCCACGGUGCUCUACAGGACCAGUGAUGACCGCAAAGUGUUUCCCAAAUUACAUCUGGAUCCAGUGGAUCAGAAACAUGUGUAUGUGCCAUUUAGUAACCAGAUAAAGCGAGUUCCUGUGUCAAAGUGCAGCACCUACACAAAUGUGCAGGAGUGUUGGUCUGCACAGGAUCCAUACUGUGUGUGGUGUGGCUCUAAACGCAGCUGCACAUUUGAAGAUGACUGCACAGAUUCAGACUGGCUGUCCAUUCCUGAUGAGUCCCAACACAAAAUGAUUUCCCACAGAGUGGAAAAGGACACAAACGGACAGAUCUCACUAAAAAUCCACACACACCUGACUGUGGGCGAAGAAGUGUCAUCGAGGUUUGCCUGUCAGUUUGCUGCAAGGUCCGGCUCGAUUUGUGUUUCGAAUAACCCUCCUGCACAGUUCCCACAAUGCACCUGCAUCCUGUCUGAUCGCACACUUCCUGCUGAUGGUCUUGAUGUCACAGUAAAAUUCAGACUUGGGACAUCACCACUGUCACAACGACUGAGGUUAAACGACUGCUCUAACAUCAUUGGAGCGCCAAGUUCCGUGUUGUGUCAGCAGUGUAUCAAAGCUGGUUGUGGAUGGAACAAAAACAGCUGUUCCUGGGCUAACCAAGGAAAGACUGAUGACAAAGUUUGCAAAGAUUUGGAGUCUGGGAAGAAAUCUGGGCCGGAGAUCUCCUCCAUCACUCCCAGUGUGGUGUCUUUCUAUGGGAGUAACCAUGCGGUGUUAUCAGGUCAAAACCUUGGUUAUGUGACACGAGUGAGGAUCCAGACGCAUGCUGAAUGUACUCCAAAAGAGUCUCCUGUUUGGGACAACGCUGGUGUCAGUGUGACGUUCCACAUUCCCAGCACAGAUAUCAAAGGUGUGGUCCGUGUGUGUGUUAUCCUAGAAGAUGGUAGUUGCCAUGGUGACGCUAACAUCACUUACCGCUCAUCACCAUCCUGUGGCAACAUUACUCCAAGCAGCAGCUGGAUGAGUGGGAAGAGGAAGCUCACACUCACGGGGUCACACCUGGAGGUUGCUGAAGUAGUGGUACACAGCCGCACCAAGCAGGACGUCAAGCUUCCCAGAAACAGCAACUAUCAGUCAAAGUCCUUGCAGAGUCUCACCUAUGGCACACCUGCAGCUGAAAACACUUCGAGGAUUUUUAGCAGCAGUGUGUUUUUGAAAGUAGCCAAUCAAACCUUGGCCUGCUCCACAAACAUCACCUACUAUCCUGACCCUGAGUUUACCAGCUUCACGGGUAUAAGAACAGGAGACGAUGUACGCGUCACCAUACAGAAAAAGUCAGACAACCUGGAGAUGUCAAAAGAAGAGUUAUCAGUGUGGGGCGUUCAAGACAAACAGGAAUACACCUGUAUCCUGGAGGCCAAAGAAACCAGUAAAGAGAUGGAUUCAUUUAUCUGUCAGAUUAAAAGGCCACCCAACACAGAAUUUUACGAGUUAAAGAUAAAGUAUGGUGAGAAGACAGUGAGCCUCAGUAAUCCUCCACCACACCGUGUCUCUGCAAUACUACUUUCCCUGCUGAUACCUGGUAUUCUUGCUGUGUUGUUGGCCAUCUAUCUGUGGCGGAAGAGUCGCUCGGAUAGGAAUGGGUUUUGACCACCGAUGCCCAUCUCUGUAUUCAAGUGAUAUUAUAUUUGAAGUCUCGAUGUCUGCUUUUCCCCUCUUCAGAAUCUGGCUCUUGCUAUUUCUUGGGAUUAAUUUCUGUGUUGUUUAAUUCAGGUGUAUUUAUUUUUUUAUUUUCAAAAAAAAUUUCAGGUUUCUCAAUUUUGUUUGAUUGGCAACCUCAUAAUUCGACCUUAACUCAAGGCAGUUUAUGAUACUGUAGGUUAACGUUUGGUGUGCAUUCCAGUUGUUGUAUAUAUUUAUUAAUUUUAUAUAUGUUUUAUACUUUACAUCAUGCUUGAAAGGGUUAUUGAUCUAAAUCUCUUCUGGAAUGCAAAUAAAGGCUUUCCUACAGUGUUGAAUUAUUUUGUUAAAUCAGCGCGCUAUUAUGGAUUUCCUACUCUUCUACUAUUUCUGCUUUCCUGAUAUAGUCUUUGGCUGUAUCAUAUAUGAAGUAAGUGUA